GGAAAUUGUUUACAACUUUUCAAAUCAUGUGUUUGUCUCGUAUUUUGUAAGCAAUUAAAGGCAAUAUAAUCACAAAUCUCUAUUCAACGCUAAUAUUUUAUUAUGUUUUAUAAAUGUUUGUGUCAUUUGACGAUAAAUAAGCCCUAAAUUAAUACAUAAAAUGAGUUUUAAAAACUUUUAUUCAAAGUUACUGAAAAUGAAUUUCAUUUUCCGAUCCGUAUCUCAAGUGACCACAAAACCCGAGACAAGGAUUAGUGAUAUUCUUCGACAGGAGUUCCCGAAGGCCACCGAAAUUGUGGUGAACGAUAUAUCCGGCGGUUGUGGCGCUAUGUUUGAGAUACACAUCCAGACAUCAGAGUUCACGGGACUUAAUACAGUGAGACAGCACCUCAAAGUCAAUCAUGCCCUUAAGAAUGAGAUUAAAGACAUGCACGGCAUCAGGAUCUAUACAUCCCUUCCCCGCAAUUAGUCUUUUAGUUUAAAUUUAGGUUUUUGUAGCUUAUUUUGGGAGAC